UUAUAUUUAAUGGAUAAGAAUUUAGAAAAUUUUUUAACACUUCUUCCUUUUGGAAUAAAUAUUUUUAUUGGAGGACUUUCCAAGCAAAUAAGAAUUUUAAUAUUUACGCUUAUAAUUGGAAUCUAAAUAUUAACCUUCUUAACACUUAAACCUUAAAAUUGUCAUCAAAUAGAAUGUCCAAAGAUUGAAAAAAAUAAUGAAAGAAUAUUAUACUAUGAAAAGUAUAACAUUUAGGAUGAUGAUUUAAAUCUUUUGAGAUCAGAGCAUUUUUAAUAGACUUUUAUCAUUAAUGCAUUUAAUUUCUAAUUAGGAGUUUUCUUAAUUUUUUUCCCUUUAUUUUAUUAAGAGAAGUAUGAAAAGAUUGUUAAUUCUGUACUCUAUGUUAUAUUAGUUAUUUUCUCCUUAGAAGCAUCAUUAUUAUUAACUACAGAAAUUAUUAAGUAAAUGAAUUUAUUAUGAUUAGACUUCCAUUAUUUGAUUUUACUUAUUUCGAAUUCUUUUCAUUUAUAAAGAUUCAAGAAAUAUCUUUAAUUCUAAUAGUAAGAGAAAUUUGUUCCUUUUUUAAUAAAACAAAUAUUGAUAUUCUAAGAGAGUCUAUAUAAUUGAAAAGAAAGAAGGAAAAUAUUUCAGAAUUAUAGAAUCUUGAUUAUUUAGAAGAUAAAUUAAGGCUUCUUGAAGAGUAACCAAAUGAAAACCUUUUUUCUACUAAAAAUACAAGAUAUUUUAUUGGUAUUUUUGGGAUAUUACAAAUGUUUUAGUGA